UAAGUUUGAGAUCAGAGAUCAACCGGUAUAAAAACCCCGCCCACUAACUCAUUCUUGAGAGGAUAAUGGCGUCACCGUUCGUAGAAGACCCCGUGGAGCUUGGUGCGCGGAUAGUGAGAGGUGCGCUCAGAAGAGCCAGAACUUUUAGAGACCGGCAGAACCCGUUGGCAUUCCACGAUGACCAUCUUUAUGAAAGAUAUAGAUUUUCAGCUGAGGGAAUGACCUAUCUGUGCCAGCUUCUUGAGCCGUAUGUUGCAAAUGCGACACAUCGAAGCCGUGCGCUCAUAGUCCCACAGACUGUAUGCGUAGCGUUGCGGUAUUUCGCAACAGGUACUUUCAUGUACAUCCCUCACGUUAGUGCUAUGACUUGUGACCACCAGUGCUUGGUGACCAGCAUUGAGGCAAAGUGGCCUGGGUCAGUCCAUGACUCCCGGAUCUUUAGGGAGUCUGCACUGUGCCACAGACUAGAGCAAGGGCUCUUCAGUGGAUUGCUGGUAGGGGACCAAGGGUACGCCUGCCAGCCCUUUUUGAUGACCCCCUAUCCUGACCCCAACACACGGCCACAGACUGCAUUCAAUGUGGCCCUUAGCAGGACAAGGGUCAAGAUAGAGAUGACCUUUGGCAUCCUCAAAGCACGCUUCAAUUGCCUGCGUGGCCUCCGAGUGGCCCCCGACCGGGCUUGUCAAGUGGUGACAGCCUGUGCCGUGCUCCACAAUGUGGCCUCCAUAAGAAGGGAGAGAGCCCCACCUGUCAGCCAGCAACCCCCAGAUGUGAUUUAG